AUGCAGCAAGCAGGGUGUGCGCAGAAGAUGAUAGACGAGGACGCAUUUCGUUCAUCCGUCCUUCGAUCACCGCCAGACGUGACCGAGGACGAACUUGAUCACCGACUUGGACUUGAAGCCCAUGUGCUCGGCUUACAAUAUCGGCUGCCAGGUGCUGGUCUCCUGACUUCCUCAACCUCUGCAAUGACCGUUGCAUCCGAUCCAGAAGAGCCGGGUUCUGCCAUUUCACAAUCUACUGGGCCUACCUCUUGUUCAUCGAGUGAUAGAAGACACACCUUUCAGCCUUCUUCUGGUCAUCCGCCACCAGUUCUUUCUACCCGCUCAAUCACACCAUCACUCUAUUCAAUCACGGAGAAGAAAGCUACCGGCCUUCGAAAUGGCAUAAGAAUAAUGUCGGUUUUCAGAAAGAGGAGGUCAGCAACAUCUAGGGUGGUUGAUACGCCUACAAGCAAUGAACAUGGCGUUCGUGGUACUGCUGCAUUCGAUGACUACUCCGUCAAGGGAAACUCUGAAAGUCCAGUAUCUGCAACCUCGGAGCAGAGCUCAUGGUCCACGCCAAUACCGCCUAUAGCCAACAUAAGAACUGGAGAUUCUAGCUUGGAAGAUAGCGAGGCGAUCGAGCGGACAACACAGUGUGCUGCAGUACAAGACUUGCAGUCGCGGCAGCACGAUGAGAGAGACCGCUUUCUACAUUACCAGAGGGAGUGCCUAGUCUCUCUGCGGGCAGAGCAUGAAAAAUCCAGAAAGGGGAGAAUCGAAUUCAAGGAGACUAUUUUAAAAGAAACAAAAAUCAAGAACGAGAAAUCCAUCACCGACCUCGAAUUCCGCCAACUCGAAGCCGAAAUGAAAUUGAUGGAAGACCUCGAGGCCGAGAAGCGCGCCUGCGUCAUUCGCCUCAAACACAUGGAAGCCUACUGUCACAGUCCCACCACAACAUCUAGCCCUAUCCCCCCACCUCGAAUGGCCCCCGCCUCAUCCCCCUCGAAUCGUAGCUCCAUCGAAGAUUUAGCCACACCGCCAUCACCACACCAGGAACCGCAAGCACAGCCACAACCGCAGCCACCACUUCAACCUCAAGCUCCCUCACCACCAUACACCCGCACCGUAACAGAAAAAGACAUCCACAACCUAGCGCAACAAUACCGCGAGCGCGACACGAUAGAGAGCCUGCACCGCGCCAAGAUCGAGGUCCUCAGAGGCCGACAGGAGAAGCAGUACGCCGACUUCAUCGCCAAGAAAGCCCGCGAGAUGGAGGAUCUCGAAGCCGAACACGCCGGGGCGGUCGCGGCAGCGGAGGCGGAAUUCCACGACCAAGAGGAGGCGCUGAAGAUGGCGUUCGCGGAGAAGAAGGAGAGGCUCGAGAGGCGCUGGAGGCUCGAGACCCUGAUCGAAGUCGCAAGGCAGGAGAGGAAUACCGGGCUGAGCUUCGCCACACCGCCGGAGAUCGUCGUGCAGCCGGAUCCCGUGGGGUCGUGA